GGACGAUAGUGGUCAACCCGAGCACAGUAAUCUCGUGCCGAGCACGUACCGGGCUUAUCCCGUGCUACCGAGCAAGGCCCAAAGGCCCAUAGCACCGACAUAGCGAAUGCCUCUGUGAGAGAGAGCGAGAGGAGGGGAGGGAGAUCAUUUUUGAAGCUCGUUGCCUUCUUCACCGUUCCGGAAGAAGAAGAAAAAAUCGAAAUCCCUAACUCGGAGGAUCUGACGAAGAAAGUUCCGUCCCGCUCCAUCGGCGAACCUGCCUCGGUCUCUCCUUCAGUGCCUGAUCGCCUUCGCGAACUCGAUCUCCAGAAGGUAGAAGCUUCGAUGGGUUCAGUUGAUCCUCCAGAUUGCAGUGGAGUGGGUGUGGAUAUGUUCAGCUACUAUUCUCGUGCGGUAGCAGAAUUAUUGGCCAAAGAUGAUGGCGGUGACGGGAAAGAUAGUAGUUGUACCGAGUUAUUUACUGAUGCAAUCGCUGCGAGGCUUUCGGAUGCAAAAAGAGAAAGGUUGAGGUUGUUGCUUAGGCAAGCUGUGUUUGUCCUUACUCCUGAGGUUGAUGAGAUGCUUGAACCAGUUAUGAAAAUGCGUUGCUGGCAACUGCAGCUGAAACAGCUAGAAACCUGUUCAGACACCACAUCUGAUAGCGACAUAGUUGAAUUCAUCCCCAAAAAGCUUAGAACGUCUUCUCCUGCUUCACCAGCAAGUAGCUCACCUCAUGAAAGUCCUGUCAGAGAUGAGCCCAAUUCAAAGGGGGAUGAUUAUAUGGAAUUUUUGCUGAAGAAUCAAAGCUCAAAGGUUGAGCCUCUACUGAAAAAGCAUUAUGAUGACCUGUCUGCCAUGUUGGAGAACAGGAGACAGAGAUUAGAAGAACUGCUUGAUGCUGUCAUGUCCAAGUGCAGAUUGAUGACGUCAUCAGAGAAGGAACGACUUAGAAAACGGGUUGUGAAGCUGCCAGAAGACUAUCUCGGACGAGCAUUAGAGAUUGUCGGACAUAGAAAAGGAUCAGACACUGAAUCUCAUGAUAAAAUAUUUGAGGACUUGGAUAAAGCGGAUAAUAUAACUCUCUGGAGGUUGUAUUGCUAUGUCGAAGCACUCAAAAAUUCAGACAAGCUUGGUUCAACUGGUAUAACCUCAUUAUGGUCUCGCAGCUGUGGACAUACUAGACGAUGAUGAAACUUGCAUUUUGCAACUUUCACAUGAGGCGAUGUAUUUCGAGAAGAUAUUAGGCAGCCUUCUCUCUCGCUGCGUUAGACAUAUUAGACAAUGACGAAACUUGUAUUCUCUCGGCUGUUAUAUGAGUAGUAUUUUGAAAAAAUAUUGGGCCGCUUUCUCAUAGCAGGGAGACUCAGAAAAAUUAUGAAGGGAAAGAUAGCAAGUUUUGAGGGUGUGCCCAAAUGUUACGGCAGGGAAUACGCACUGCUGCAAAUACACUUCGGAACAGGUAAGGAGUUGCCAGUGUACAGUCAUUGUAGCGUUUUGGCAUGAGCGUAAAAUUUGGCUAUGAAAUAAAAUGGCCAAAGAAUCUACAUAGACUGUCAUUUUGAUUGUAUGUGUACAUAUCAGAGCACAAUUUUGGUAAACUUUCUGCAAGGGAAAAUGCCCCAGCUGAUCCUUAAGACUUUUC